AUGGUGGGCGAUAAAACAGUGUUCCUGUUCAUCCCAGAGGCGUUGGAUGAGGUUGAGGUCAGAGCUCUGUGCCGACACACCAAUAAGACAACCACAGGAGAAGGUGUGAGAAGUCAUGGCUGGGGAAGGAGAACCGGUUUCUCCGGUGUAUUCAUCACUGCUCUGCUGGCUGUGAUGCUGCUGCCUGCAUUCUUGUCUGCUGGACCAAUUGGGCAAAAGGCCAAAGGAGAUGUGGGAGAGAGCAUCCAGGAGAGGGCUGCUGCUGCAGCGUUACACAGGAGGCUGAUCCGCAACCGCAGGAACAUCAGCUGGUACAAACAGCACUCUGACUUCUGGGGCUGGUACAAGUACUUCACUGACAAUGGCAACCAGGAGGCAGUUCAGGAGAUGGACCGUAUCUACCUUGCCUACCUCCAGAACAAAAACCGUGCUGAGGGACGUCGCUCCUACAAGGCCUACCUGCGCCACCUGGGGGACAUCUACAAGUCCUGUGCCGAUUCUGAUGACCCUAACUGUGUGGCUUCCUACACCAGCAGGCCCAAACCUAAACCUGAACCUCCUAAACCUGCACCAGUAAAAACUUGUGAUCCGACCAAGGAUGCUUACUGCCUGUAUGCUGCUUUGGUCCAGGGCAAGAGCCCCUACCUGCCCCUGGUGCUCCCAGUUGCCACCCCUGCCCCAGCACCAGUCAAGGCCCCAGCUCCUCUGUAUGUCCGCUCUGCUGCCCCAGCAAAGGAUCCACAGUCUGGAUAUUACUACUACGCUCCAUCCGCAACACCUUUCCUUUCCAAGGAGCAGAAGGCUGAGCUGUUGCGUAUCUGCUCUGCUGAUGAUGUGGAAUGUCUGCAGUACCAUCUGAGAGCUGCCUUUGGGUACACACCUUCCGCCGGGCCCCUGCCUUCCUACGCCCACCUCGGUUGUGAUCCCAAGAAAGACCCCACCUGCAAACCCAAACUGGUGCAGAAAGCCCCCUCUGGUCUCUACCUGCAGUACCCUGGCUGUGAUCCACUCAGGGAUCCCUUCUGUGCCUAUGCUGCCUCCCUUGCAGCGCCCCGUGCCCCUAACCCCCCUGCACCUGCUGGGCCUGGAUCCUGCAACCCUCUUUUUGAAGACGGCUGUAACCCUCUUACUGCCACCAAAUUUGCCACUCCCCCAGAGGCGUACAAUACCGAGGAGACAGAUGAGGCUGCUGCCAUUCGUGCUGCCCCUCCUCCUACUGAGCAGAACAACGACCCCUAUGCCAUGUUCAGGAAUCCUUAUGCUCAAGCUAAUAGGGUUACUGAUCCUUACGCUAUGUACCGCCAGGCCAGUGCAGCUUCUCCUCCAGCUGCUGACCCAUAUGCCAUGCUCCGCCGAUACAUGACCCAAGCUCAAGUUAAUGACCCAUACGCUCCACGCAUGGAGGCUGCUCCAGAGUCUGACCCCAAUGAUCCUUUCUCUGCAAUCCGCGAGGCUGCUGCUGCCAUGCAUCGCCGCGGUCCUCCCACACCAAGGCAGCAGUACCCUUUUUCUGGUUCCAAUUAUGAAGAACCUGCUCAGGAGGAGCGCCACCCUCUGGGACCCCCAGGUAAAACCAAGGAGGGCUAUGACUGCUUCAUCGGCUACGACCGUGAAUGCUUCCCUGUGAAGCCUGAGAAGCCUCGUUCUGGGGUUCAUCGCCACAUCCCCUACCCUGCUGAGGCCUAUGAGCCCCACCUGAAUGCUGACGGCACAAGAAACGGAGUUCUGGAGCCUGCCAACCCACACUGUGACCCCGAAUAUGAUCCUGACUGCCGCCUACGUCGAUACAAGCCUGAGCAGGCCCAUGCCGAGGCCCAGCCCGAACAUCACACCGAGGAGGACCAUGGCCAGGGGGCAGCAGAGAGCGAACAGCAGCCAGAGCAGCAGGAGCAGGAUCAGUACGAGGCAGAGCCGUACCAGAGUGGCCAGGAGGAGCCUCACAUGUCCUACCAGCCACUCUCACAGGGUAUGCCCAGCCUGCAGGACAUACUGAGGCGCUACGGAGACCAGUACCCUGAGCAGGAUGAUCACAGAGCUUAUGCAGAUGACUACCGCAAGAAAUAAAUAUGCAAACGCACUCAUGCAUGCAGAUGGACAUGAAUACACAGUCCCGUGCGUUCUUGUAGCUUAGCCCAUGACUGCCUUGUGCAGUGCACAACCAGUCCAAACUGGACCAGAUAUGGGACACAUGAGAAGUUGAUGGACCCAAUGAGCGAGUACAUGCACGAACAUCCACACAUAGCCUCCAGCUGUAGGAGCAUGCUCAGAAAGCUGAAUGUGUUCCAGCAAUGUUUUCAUCUCUUUAGCUGCUUCAGAUCUGUUGCUUUGGCCUGUUGCUUUCCAGCUUCAAACCUCCUCAAUCCACUCAAAUGUGUAAUGACGCUUGACGCUUCGCUUCACUUCUGUAUCUAUGCAUCUCACAUUUUUUACAAUUUGUUUGUUGCUUUUUGUCAGUGAUAGAUUAUGUAAAGUUUUUUUUUCAUUUUGAAUGUUCUAAUAAAAAGCUC